AUGCCAGUACUUGUUGCGGAAUCCGCGAAUAACGAAUGUCACACCCAAUGUAAAUGCACUCAGCAAAUGAUCGGAUGUUCAAUAGAGGCCCAUCGGGCAAAGGGUAUUGGUCCCAGUUCUUGCACCUAUCCCAGUCCCAGCCUGUGUAACUGGCCCAGUUCUAGUCUCAAUUCCAACUUCUGUCUCAGUUUCAGUUCCAGUCCCACUCCCAGCCCCAGUUCCAGUCCCAUUUCCGGACACUGUCCCAGUCCUAGUUCCAACUCCAGUUCCUGUCCCAGUCCCAAUCCCAGUCCCAUUUCCUGUCACUGUUACUGUCCCAGUACCAGUCCUUGUAGCUGUCCCUAUCAUUGUACCUAUGUCAAAUCCAUCAUCAUCAAAUCCAAAUACUAUCUUAGCCUAUGUAGCUGCCCCAGUUCUAGUUCUAGUCUCAACUCCAACUUCUGUCCAAGUCCCAGUCUCAAUCUCAGUGCCACUCCCAAUCCCAGUUCCAGUUCCAGUCACUGUUCCUGUCAUAAUCCAUGUACCUAUCCCCGUCUCAGCCUAUAUAGCUGUCCUAGUAGUAGCCCUAAUCCCAGGUCCUGUUCCAGUCUCAGUUCCAAUUCCAAUUCCAGUCCCAUUUCCUGCCCCUGUCCCACUCCCAGUCCUUGUACCUAUCGCAGUCCCUUCAUACGUAGCUGUCCCAGUCCUAGUCCCAACUCUAGUUGCUGUUCCAACCCCAGUUCUUGUCACAGUCUCAGUCUUAGUCACAGUCACAGUCACAUUUCCUGUCGCUGUCCCAGUUUAUGUACCUAUCCCUAUAUCUAUUGCCAAUCUAUAUAG